GCGAACACAGGGCUGCAGACCCUUGCCCUCGGCACCAACCGCAUCGGCGACCCUGGCGCCAUCGCCAUCGCCGAGGGGCUCAAGUCCAACAACGCGCUGAAGCAGCUGAUUCUCUACAACAAUCGGAUCGGCGACGCGGGCGCGGCCGCCCUCGCGGAGGCCGUGAAGACCAACACCGUGUUGGAGAACCUCACGCUCUUCAACAACAACAUCGGGGACGCGGGCGCGGCCGCCCUCGCAGAGGCCGUGAAGACCACCACCGUGAUGGAGAGGCUCUUGCUCUUCAACAACAACAUCGGGGACGCGGGCGCGGCCGCCCUCGGCGAGAGCCUCAGGGUCAACACGACGGUGGCUGAGCUCGACCUGCGCUUCAACCCCAUCGGCGAGGCAGCCAAGCAGGCACUCAGGAGCAGUGGCGGGGCACUUGCAUCGCUGGGCGGCUAG